UAUACAAGGCACUAGAAGGAUACAUAAGAUGCACAUUGACAAUACCUCAAGAAAUAGUGAGAUGGAGGUGACUAAAUAACCUAAGCUAACUACCCAUAAUUUAAGUACUGAACAAAAAUUCUACCUAGUACCUACAUACAUCCAUUUCAAAAUUAACGAUCAAAUCACGCCCACCAAAAUGUAUCGAUCAAAUUAAUUUAUCCUCACACAAUCACACGUUUUUGGACGACAGAAUACUGUUUUAUUCCAUUAUAUCCCACUAUUAGCAUACUCUCACACACUUACUCGCACACAAAAAUCCCCCACUAUUGUUGUUAUAGUGAUGGAAGCCGUUUUUAUCUGCAUUUCUAAGCACUUAUAUUACCUUCACUUCCAACACUUGAAAAGCUGGCUUACACCAAACUUACCCAUUUUCACUCCUUCCAUCUCUUGCAAUUACAGCUAGCCGCAAGCGAGUACGAGUAAGUGCAGUUCAUCUUCUUCUGGUUUGCACUUGUGAUUAAUCCCAGUCUUCAGGAAUCACCACAUAUAUAAAUGGCUUCCUCCUCGCCACGAAUGUUCCAGGUAACUACUUACCCUUCUCAUCAUAAUAACACUACUUUUUAUUAUUAUUAUUACCUUUAUUAUUGUAACUAUGCAUCAUAAUAACCAAGAUAAUAAUCAUGAAUGCUCCAACUCAUCCCGUUCUUCCUAUAAAGGGGUACGCCGUAGGAAGAGUGGGAAGUGGGUAUCAGAAAUUCGAGAGCCUAAGAAGCCUACUCGAAUUUGGCUUGGGUCUUACUCUACUCAGGAGAUGGCUGCCGUGGCCUAUGAUGUGGCAGCCCUAGCUCUAAAGGGCCCCGACACCCAACUCAACUUCCCGGACUCCUCCCCUUAUCUUCCAGUCCCUCACUCCACCUAUCCGAGGGACAUCCAGGCAGCUGCUGCCUCUGCAGCCGCAGCAGCUGGUGCUGCUGCGGAUGCAUUGAAUUCUGAAAGAAGGGCAAACCUAAGUGUUGGUGGUCAAAAUGAUGGUGGAAGUGAUGGAAACAAUAGAGGGAAAAGAAUUGAGGAAUAUUUUGUUGAUGAAGAUUUGAUAUUUGAUAUGCCAAAUGUGUUGGCAAAUAUGGCUCAAGGAAUGCUCCUUAGCCCUCCUCGAUUGGAUGUUCCUACUAACUAUGUUGAUUAUGAUGAUGAAGAUAUUAUUGGGAAUUCUUCAGGAAAUCACAACCUUUGGAAUUAUCCAUAAAAUAUAAUCUUCUAAAUAUUAUCCUAUAUCAUAAUAAUUAUGCUAAGCUCUAUGAAAGUAAGAUUAAGGGGUUCCCUAAAAAAAAGUAAGAUUAAGGGGAGUAUUAAACUAUAUCUUGAUAAUCAAGUAAUAAUUAUAGUAAUGUAUUUACGUUAUAUGUAUUUAAGUACUUUUGUAUAAAUAGUGCUUGUGUACAAAUAGUAAUUAAAAUAAAACUAUCUUGCACUACUUUGGAUUAGUUAUGGAAAGCUAAGAAUUUCCUUUAAUUAAGAGGGGUUUUUUUAAAAAAAAUUUAAUCUUUUAUUUAUGAGGAAGGUCCGGUUAUUAUUA